AUGUCUGGGAAACCCAAGCUGCACUAUUUCAAUGGACGAGGCCGAAUGGAAUCAAUACGGUGGCUAUUAGCAGCAGCUGGGGUUGAGUUUGAAGAAUGUUUCCUGGAAACAAAGGAUGAUCUGACAAAGUUACAGAACGAUGGAUCCCUGCUAUUUCAGCAAGUGCCAAUGGUGGAGAUAGAUGGAAUGAAGAUGGUGCAGAGCAGAGCCAUUGCCAACUACAUAGCAACGAAGUACAACCUCUACGGGAACAACCUGAAGGAGAGAGCCCUAAUUGAUAUGUAUGUGGAAGCAGUAAUAGAUCUGAACGAGUUACUCAUGACCCAUGCUUUCCAACCAGCAGAUAAAAAGGAGCAACAUUUUGCUACUAUUGUGGACAAGGCCACAAACAGAUAUUUCCCAGUCUUUGAGAAGGUUUUGAAAGACCAUGGACAAGACUUUCUUGUUGGCAACCGGUUUAGCAGGGCAGAUGUGCAAUUAUUUGAAACCCUUUUAAUGGCAGAAGAGUGCAAGCCUGAUAUACUUGCCAAAUUUCCUCUCUUGCAGAGUUUUAAAGCAAGAAUAGGCAAUAUCCCCACAAUAAAGAAAUUCCUGCAGCCUGGCAGCCAGAGGAAACCACCACUACAAGAAAAAGAUGUACCAAAACUGAUGAAAAUUUUCCACUGAGCAGCAACCUAAACCCCCAGAAAUUCUAUUUCAUUGUCUUU